UUGUUUUUGACAAAUAACACAUUUUUGCUGUAAUUGUAAACGUUGCGGGUGAGCUCAAAAGAGCGCCUGUGUCGUGUGAAUUUUUCGGAUGUUUCUAAGUUGAAAUGGUCAUAAUUGAUCAAAGUGCAUGUGCAUAUGGCGAUCUGAAAAAGGGGACAGGGAAAAAUAUACGAACAAUAUAUGUGGGGAGCUUUGCUUGGCAAUGGAUCCCCACAACAAGGAAAACCUUAAAUUCAGAUUUUGUAUGUAACUCACGCAGUCAAGAAUGGCUAGAAACGAUCAAAAAUUUAAAUUUCACGUGUCUACAAUUCUAUUUUUUUCUAUUCACAUGAAAUAAUUUUAUAGUACUCUUAGAAGGAACUUUCAGUUUAUUUACAAAAAUGAAAAAUAAUCAAAUGAUAACAGAUCUGCAGCUUUCAUAUUUCUGCUAAAGAGAAAGAAGUAAAAUAACUGCUUAACAAUACCUCCGAGGAACUGGUCUUGCAAACUGAUUUUUUUUUCCCGUAUGAAAAUGUUUAUCCAAUCAUUGUUCUCUCUCAAACAAGCAUUUCUAUAGUCACUAGCGCAAUCUUGUGGUAUACGUGCUUUCAGUGUGCGCUACCUGUGAGGCACACAUCUAAACUGCAGAUAUGAAAAUUGCUGCAUUCAAUGUUCAGAGGUUUGGGCUAACUAAAGUCUCAAAUCAAGCCGUGCUCUCAACUCUGGUUAAGAUUGUGUCUCGAUAUGACAUCAUUGUGAUUCUAGAAGUGGUGGAUGUCAGUGGUGCAUCAAUUGAAAUUUUAGUAAAAGAACUUAAUAGAGUCAACACAAGCCAUCACUAUGCUCAGCAACUUAGUGGCCGACUGGGUAGAAACAGAUACAAGGAACAGUUCCUCUUUCUCUACAGGGAUGACGUGGUUGACCUUAUUGACUGCUAUCAAUAUGAAGACAACCAAGACUGUGAUGUGGAUGCUUUUUCUAGGGAACCCUAUAUUCUGCACUUCAAACCACUCAACACUGUGUUGCGAGAUAUGGUGCUAAUCCCAGUCCGGACCACACCAUGGGACACUGAAAAAGAGCUGGAUGAACUAUAUGAUGUCUUCCUGGCAGUCAAGGCCAAAUGGAAAACGGAUAACAUAAUGAUCCUCGGUGACUUCAAUGCAGAUGGAAAAUUUGUCACUCAAAAUGGAAUGAAUGCGCUUCGCAUUCGCAGCGACAAGAAUUUUCACUGGCUCAUUAGUGAUGAUAUGGACACAACUGCUGAUACAGCAAAUGUACACACAUAUGACAGGAUUGUUGUGUACGGAGAUGAAAUGAUGGCUGCCAUUGUUCCACAGUCAGCCAAACCAUUCAAUUUUCACAGAGAGUUUUCAAUGACAGAAGAAUUGGCAUUGCAAGUGAGUGACCGCUACCCUGUUGAACUGGAAUUGAUUAGCUCCCUUCCUUUCUGGAUGAGAAAUUUCAACCAAAGAGGUUGUAAUGAAUACCAACUGCAUCCCAAAGUAAAAAAUGUUUCUCAAGAGCAUCUGCAUGAUGAUGUGUUGAGAUUGCAGAAGGAAAACCUCUAUCUGGAGCGUGAAAAGCUUCAACUUCAGAUCGCUUUAUUAAAGCAUCGCCUUGCCACACUCAGAAGAAUGUGACCAGAGUCAAUAAAGUACCUUCAUAUACCCCGUCUUAUAAUUUUUUCCCCUAGUUUGGAGAGGAGAAACUUCUAAUGAAUGCAUCAUAA